AAUCAGCCAGAUCCAGAGCAAAAUCGAGGAUGAGCAAGCCCUGGGCAUGCAGUUACAGAAGAAGAUCAAGGAGCUGCAGGCCCGUAUUGAGGAACUGGAGGAGGAAAUUGAGGCAGAGAGAACCUCUCGGGCAAAAGCAGAGAAGCAUCGGGCUGACCUCUCCAGGGAGCUAGAGGAGAUCAGCGAGCGCCUGGAGGAAGCAGGAGGGGCUACCGCAGCUCAGAUCGAGAUGAACAAGAAGCGUGAGGCAGAAUUUCAGAAGAUGCGUCGCGACCUCGAAGAGGCCACGCUGCAGCACGAAGCCACGGCUGCCGCCCUGCGGAAGAAACACGCGGACAGCACAGCUGAGCUUGGGGAGCAGAUCGACAACCUGCAACGAGUGAAGCAGAAGCUGGAGAAGGAGAAGAGUGAGCUGAAGAUGGAGAUUGACGACUUGGCCAGUAACAUGGAGUCUGUCUCCAAAGCCAAGGUACAGAGUUUCUGUCAGGUUACUGCUCUAUGA